GGGUAGUUCUGGAGAAAAAUAGGUUACAAUGAAAAAAAAAUGUUUUAAAAAAUUACGGUUUUCAAAAAAAGCUAUUAAGUAAAGUCAAAAAAGUUUGUCGCCCUAAUUUUAUGAAAGUACAUCAAAUUUGCAAGAAAAAAGUACUUCGGUAACAUUUUUCUAAGAUGCACCGUUUAGAAGAUAUUACUAAUUUAAUAUUGAUUUUUUUGAUAACUUAAUAAGUUUUAGCCCUUUUCGGAUGUACUCCGUGUUUCUCCAGUUUCAAAAGUAUUUUUUUCGGAAAGAUUGGAAAAUUUUGAGUUAAAAUGACACUGACAGCUUAAAGAUUUGAGUGAAAUUCACUGCCUUAAAAGUAUUUUGAAACAAGUGACAAAAUCCCACUAUCAAGAACAAUGAUUUCUUCCAGUGGUUUUUAUUGCCUUCUGCUGAAAACGUGCUAAUAAGUAUUAGAUACAGGUAAUUAGAUACCAGUUAGCUGUACUACGUACAGUUGGUGAUUGUAAACAUGGUCUUUGUUGGAACUAGUCCACCAUGGCCACGCUGGCCCAGGCUUGCAAACAUUCGACACUUUUCACUGCCUUCGUUUCGUUGUCGCGGUCGGGUGUCAGCUUGCUUUAUUUCAUUCGAACGCGACCGCUACCUCUUACACACAACACAAGCGGCAGAACAAAGAUCAAUAAACAAAAAAGUGGAUCAAAUCAACGUAGUCUGACACGAUGACAUUAGUAUAAUUCCAGCUUUUCGCAAGAUUUCAGCCAAUUUUGAUUAAAAUUGGUAUAAUAUUAGUAUAAUAUUAGUCACCUUCCAUCAAACUAGACGGCUGCCGACUGAUACCUCAAUCAACAACCGCCGCACUCUUUAUUCAUUCCAGGUAUAUACAAUUUACAAUCUUCUUCAAUAACAAUAUACCUACGCCAGCAAAUCUACCUCGCUCCAACUCUCCAAACUCGUACCUGACGAUACCUGAGCGUUCAACUCUACCUAUCUUCCAGCAGUCUUUACCCAGCAUUCUAUGAUUUAUACCCGUGAGCUGUAUAAUAAUGUCUGACUCGGUUCUGAAUUCAUCCAGUAUCUACUAGGGAAAACCAAACAGUAAAUGCAGAAAGGUUGCUAGAAGCAUAGUGAUUUCAUAGUAAUUUCAGCUAAUAAUCCAGUGUUUUUGAACUAGAUCCAGUGUUGUUUGAUAACAUAAUAAUUGUAAAGGAAAGUGUAACACGUUUUGGUGCAAAGAUUACAAAAUGAGUAAAAUCAGAUGUAUUCGUCCAUUCAAAGACAUUCAGUGUUCGAAAGAGCUGCGAUAUCUCACGGAUGGUAUCAUCCAAAAACUGAAGUCAAUUGGAUUUUCCAAGGUAUCCACACUGAACACCAAGGAUUUUCGUAUUUGUUCGUCUUGCCGUCUACAUAUUGAUUCAAGAGCUCACCUCACCCAAAACGAAGAACAAAGCGUAGCCGGUGGCUCAAGGAUGCCAACUGUUCAGACCAUACCUGUUGUACCUGAUUCGCAAAGCUAUGAAAGUUUGGUCACGAUACCAUCAGCGUCAACGCUAAGCACAAUUCAAUCAAAUGAAGACUUCACGAUGCCUGUAGACGUCGAAAUAUUCAACCGAGGAAUAGCAGCUAUUCGUGUUUCGCCUAUAGAUUUAGGUAAGGUUAAAAAUGUUCACUAUCCUGAAAAAAAGUGCGCUGAAAUCGUCGAAGGUGUACGAAGAAAUCUUUUUAAAUUAGACGCUAAAACAGAAAAAGCAAACGAGUUUAAUGAAGUCAUAAAAAAUAUGAAAAUUAAAUUUUUAAAUUCAGCCACAAGGCAAGAAAAACUAUCAAUUUUAUCAUUGUUACCAAAAUCAUGGUCAGUACAAAAAAUUGUAGACGAAUUUAAAACUAGUAGAAAUAUGGCAUCAGAUGCAAGAAAGGAAAAAAAUAAUGUAUUAGAUUCAUCUCAAGGUUCAAGCUCUGGAAAAGCUUUGAGUAAUGAAACAAAAGAACUGGUUUUGAAUUUUUUUGAGGACGAUGAUAUAAGCCGUGCAAUGCCAGGCCAAAGAGAUUUUGUUAGCGUAAAGACAGGAAAUAAGAGAUUAGCUGUUCAGAAAAGAUUGUUAAUGAUGACAUUAAGAGAAGCUUUUAAUCGCUUUAAUGAAGUGUACGUCAAUGUAAAAAUAGGGUUUUCAUCAUUUGCAAGCCUCCGGCCAAGGCAAUGUAAACUAUUGACUAUCACAGGAACACAUAAUGUUUGCGUUUGCACUACGCAUGAAAAUGUCAAUUUAAUUCUACAUAGCUUAAAAAAAUACAAUGUCUUGAAUGAUCUAAAAACAUUAACGAAUAGAUUACUUUGCGAAAAUAAGACAACUCAUUGCCAUCUACGAAGAUGUAAAAACUGCCCAGAUACCUCAGUUUUAGAAGACAGUUUAUUGAAACAACUGGAAGAAAACUUUGUUGAAAAGCUUUCAUUCGAACAAUGGGUUACCACUGACAGAUGUGAUUUAGAAACUAUUGUAAAGCAAACCGAUGACUUUGUUACAUUUUUCAGCUCAAAAUUAGAAAGUUUGAUUCCGCAUGAUUUUGUAAAAACCGAACAAUCCAAUUUUUUGAAAACUACAAAACAAAACUUGCAAGAUGGUGAAUUUUUGGCUAUUUGUGACUUUUCUGAAAAUUACAGCUUCGUUUUGCAGGAUGAAGUUCAAUCACACCAUUGGAACGUGCAACAGGCCACAAUCCAUCCUUUCGUAAUAUAUUAUACUGAAAAUAGGCAAAUUAAACAUUUUAGCUUCAUUAUAAUUUCAGAAGAACUAAGACAUGAUUUAGUCGCUGUUAAUUUGUUUAUUGAUAAAAUGAUGAACUUUUUACAAAUUGAUCAAAAUAAAAACAUGAAAAAAAUUUAUUUUAUGUCAGAUGGUGCUGCUUCACAGUAUAAAAACCGAAAAAACUUUUCUAGCCUUUGUAAGUUUAAGUCAAAGUAUGGUAUUGACGCUGAAUGGCAUUUCUUCGCAACAUCGCACGGAAAAGGUCCAUGCGAUGCUAUUGGAGGUACGAUAAAACGCAUGGCUACCAGAGCAAGUUUAGCCAAAGAACGCGAACACCCGAUAAAGACUGCAAGAGAGUUGUUUAAUUGGGCAAACAAACGAAAAGAAGAAGAACUUACAAAGUUGUCAUUUUGUUAUUCUACUACAGAAGAAUACGAAAAUAUGUCUUUGCAGCUAAAUAAUCAAUAUAAUAAUGCAAAAACAAUUCAAGGAACUCAAAAAUUCCACUCAUUUCUUCCUCUAUCAGAAAAUACAAUAAAGGCAAAGCUUUAUUCAAACUGCACUGACAAUGAUGCCAAAAUAUUCGAUAUUGUUAAGAAAGUUGUGUAAACAAUAAUUUGAUAAAAAUACAGGAAUAAAAAUAAACUGAUGUACAAAGUAUAAUGUUAUUUUUUA